AAUGUCCUUUCUAUAAAUUGUCCUGUCUAUGAAAUGUCCUAUCUAUAAAAUGUCCAGUUAUGAAAUGACCCAACACCAUUAUAAGAUAUCCCGACCUUGAUUGUUGGGCGUUAGGCUCCUUGGGAACAAUAGCUACAAAGAAUCUUGACAAUUUUGAGAUUUUUCCUCACGUUUUUUGGGAUCACGCAAGAUAUUGCCCUAAUAAAUUUUUUUCAAUGGUUGUAUUUAUUUAAAAUCUAAAUUAGUGGUUUUUCCUCAUCAAAACAUUAUUUUUCUUUUUAAAUUUUGAAUGUACCCAAAUUUAUCAUAACUGUGAUGUAGAUUUAAAAAGAGAACUUGUGAAUAUAGUUUCAGAACUAAGAUGCAUGAGAAGGAUCACGUGAACCUACCCUGGGUAGAGAAGUAUCGUCCUAAUGCACUCCAGGAGCUAAUAUCACACGAGGAUAUUAUUUCCACUAUAAGAACCUUCAUCUCCCAGGAAAAGCUACCUCACCUACUAUUCUAUGGUCCACCAGGAACUGGAAAAACAAGUACUAUCCUGGCCUGUGCUAAAGAGUUGUAUACGCCUAAAGAGUUCAGUUCAAUGGUUCUUGAGUUAAAUGCUUCUGAUGAUCGUGGAAUCGGGAUAGUCAGGGGACAAAUUAUGAACUUUGCUUCUACCCGAACCUUCCUUAACAAGGGAUACAAGCUCAUUAUUCUGGAUGAGGCGGACUCAAUGACUAAUGAUGCUCAAAAUGCACUUCGUAGGAUUAUGGAGAAGUAUACUGAGAAUGUGAGAUUCUGCAUGAUUGGAAAUUAUUUGGGCAAAAUUAUUCCAGCUCUUCAAUCCAGGUGUACACGAUUCCGGUUUGGCCCCCUAGAUUCUGCGCAGAUAAUGCCGCGUCUUGAAUAUGUUUGCAAGGAGGAGAAUGUGAAUAUUACUAGCGACGGUAAAGAAGCGCUUAUCAAGCUGGCUCAGGGCGACAUGAGGAAGGUCAUCAACAUACUACAAUCAUGUGCCAUGGCAUUUCCAGAGGUGAACGAGGACUCUGUAUAUACCUGUGUAGGGCAUCCUCUGCCCUCUGAUAUAACAAAUAUUGUGAACUGGUCUCUCAACCUAGACUUCUCCUCAGCAUUCAACAAUAUUCUUGAGCUUAAGACACUCAAGGGACUUAGUCUCCAGGAUAUUCUUACCGAGGUUCAUUUGUUUGUUCACAAGAUAGUGCUUCCAGCCUCUAUUAGGAUCCAUCUGCUGAUAAAACUAUCUGAACUGGAACAAAGAUUAAUGGCUGGAACUUCGGAACGUAUUCAACUUGGAAGCUUUGUAGCAGCUUUUCAGGUGACCAGAGAAAUGGUGAAGGCUGAGGAUGAUAAUCGAGCCUAAUUCUAACCAAUCAAUUGGGAUCUUCGGACUGAUAUCAGUGAUAAACAGAUGAAAUCAAAUUCAGUUCAAUCCAGUGCAGUUUAAAAAAUCAAUUUGAAUCCCAGUGCUUUAAUUGAAUUCAAAAUUGGGAUCUUGAUCAAUCCAUCUCAAUCCAAUCAAUUGGAACAUCAAUUAUCAAUCUUAGAAUCGAAUGAGAUUAAUGAUUGACUAAAACCAAAAGAUUGUCAGCCUACUAAAUCUAAUCCGUGUGAUCAGUUUGUUAAAGAGAAAAACACAUCCAACUAAGAAUGAGAUAUCACAAAUGUGAUUCCUAAAGCGCUUACUUCAGUUUUCAAAACAAAUAGAUAACAUUGUUAAAAACAUGUUUUCUCUUUUUUCAGA